GGAAAUAUGCAAGUAAUUGAUAAUAUUCAAAAACAAUAUUAUAAUUUAUGUUAUGCAUAUCACGAGUUGUGUGCUGAAUUUACAGCUAUUAGUCAACAAAUUCAUUACUACCAGUCGAUUAUUUGGAACUAUCAGGUAUAUGCCAGAGGUGGCGUUCGUCUCGUAUCUCUCCGGAAAGAUUAAUUGGCCAUGCAAAAUAGAGAAUUAAAAUAAAAAUUAAAGAUAUUAUAAUUGUAAGGAGGAUUCACAUAGCAGCAUUUAAAACGCUUAGGCGGGAGUUAAACGAAGAUAAAAGCAAAAUUAUUUUAGUCGUCGCCCCGGUAGCUC